AAAAUACAAAAAUCACGAAGCGGGCAAACAAUUUCUCCUUCCCAAUAUUGUAGGUCAAGAGCAGAUUACUGUCUUUUGCUCACGUAUAAAUAUAAGAUCUGAUCAUGCAAAAAGGUAUCAGUUACAUUCAAACUAACCGACCUACAACAACCAUGAAGCUGUUCAUUAUCGCCGCUGUCUUGGCCGUCGCUGCCGCCGCUCCUUCCAGCUACAAGACGUACGAGAAGACGUACGAGAAGGACUACAAAUACCCAGAGAUCGUCGUUACCGGCCAAUCCGACGAGCGCAAUCUCGAUGGCAGCAGCAGAUGGAACUACGCCCAGUCUGACUACGCUACCCGUGAGGAGACCCAGGAGCAGAAGAAAUUCGUCGUCACCAAAGUCGAUGACUACGGCAAAGAAACCAAAGAGGAAGUCUAUGGAAACACCAACAAAGGAUCUUCCUACUGGGUUUCACCUGAAGGCGAGAAAUUCACUUUGACCUGGGCCGCUGAUGAUGCUGGAUUCCAGCCGGCUGGUGCCCAUUUGCCCGUCGCUCCCGUCCACGUCUACGAGCUCCCAGUUGCCCCCGUUCAUGAAUACGAACUCCCCGUCGCUCCCGUCCACGAAUACGAACUCCCCGUUGCUCCAGUCCACAUUCCCUUCAACGGAAAGGGCUACAAAAUCUAUUAAGUUAUUAUGAUUGUUCCUUGAGGAAAGAAAUCUAUAUCAAAUAAAUAUGGCGUGCAAAAUGCCAACGUUCUACCAUCAA